CUAAAUUAAUUUAUUGUAAUUCACAAGACAAAAUAUUUAUCAAUUCGGACUUACCGUAGUCCAAUUAAAAAUUGUUCUUUAUGUUAAAACACGUCAACAAUAUACAAAAAACUAAUCCUGGUGUCUACAUGGUGAGUUCAUUUGUAUCCAUUUCAUCCAGAGUUGAGAGUUGAGAAAAAGGACUUUUUUUCCUGUAAAGCGCAAAUCAACAGAAUUGUCUUAAAGCUGGUAUUUAUCAAUACCUUUCUAACACAUAAUUUGAAGACGCCAACGACUGCUUUGAACGAUAUUAGAUAAGGGAGAGUUAAUAAAGAAUCAGUUUUCGGAAAAGAGUUAGAAGAUAGUUAACUGUGAUCUCAUGGCUAAUUCAAAUAGGUUUGCAAAGUUGGUGUUGAUGACUAUAGCGAUGUGUUUUUACUUUCUACCAACAAAAGAAGUUCUACAGAAACAAAACAACGUGAAAUUAUUAGCAUGUUCACAGCUUUCAUCAACACAACCAGACACAAGGUCACAGCUUUCAUCAACACAACCAGACACAAGGUCACAGCUUUCAUCAACACAACCAGACACAAGGUCACAGCUUUCAUCAACACAACCAGACACAAGGUCACAGCUUUCAUCAACACAACCAGACACAGAAAUUCGAUCAAAACAACAAAAACAAGAAAGGCUGCUCAAACAAAGAGAAGACAACUGUCGUGAUUAUAGAAUUAGCAAACAAGCGAUAUAUCGAUUGAAAGAGUAUUGGAGCUCUCCAAUUGUGGUUCCAAAAUACAAAUUAAUCUUCUUUUGGAACGAAAAGUCCGCAUGUACUUAUUGGAAAAAGUUAUUUCAAUUCAUUCAAGGUAUAAAAAAUACGGAAGUACAUAACCAUAGAAACGGAUUGGCAACUUUAAAUAGCUUUGAUAUUUGUGAAAUUAUAAAAAUGAUGUACAAUGAAUCAUGGGUGAAAGCUGUAUUUGUAAGAGAACCUAGAGAACGGUUAUUAUCUUCAAAUUUAGAAAAGGGCCGUCAUCAACAUGUAAUGUAUCAAUUGUGUAGAGUUAAUCGCACAGUGACAUUUUACGAGUUCCUAGAAAUUAUAAAACACUGUAAAAAUGGACAUUGGGAUAAGCAAGUUCGAAUUCCGGAAUACCUAUACGAACAGAUGAUGGUAGGAAAACUUUCAGAGAUUUCCUCAUUCACAGAACGACUUUUCAAAAAGAUAGGAGCAUGGAACGAGAAAGUUGUAGCUUGGCUUCAAUCAAGCGAAAAGCUUACACGAGAUCACAGAAGUGACGCAAAAAGUAAACUAUUACAAUAUUACAAUGGAACUAAGACGGGGGACUUAAUUUUUGAUUUAUUUCCGGAAGAUUACAGAGUGUUUGGUUUUAGCAUGACUAAUUAUAACAAAAUAAAUAAUACAACAACAUGAAA